AAUGAUAAAUAUUUAUAGAUCUGAAACCAAUACAUUUAAAAUUUGAAACAGCAUGACAGCGAAUAUACCGACUCCAAAAACAUCAAAAAAAUGAAUGAGGAAGGACAAAUUCCAGAUGAGCGAACACGAAUUGACAUAUAGAAGACUUCUGCCGACGAGCCGGGUGGUCGUCUCCGUAAUGGCCUGCAUAUCCUUCGUGUCGGGUGUGACUGCCGGCUACCUUUUCAUGACCAGCUUGGCGGGAGUUUCUCAGGCGGUCAAGAUUGUGUGGACCACUGGAUCGGCCGCUUAUGCGAUGGUCUCGCUUCUGCUUAUUAUAGGAGUUUGGAAGGUGAUUAGGUGGCUGGUUUAUCCGUACAUGUGCAUGCUGCUCAUGGCCAUUGCCGUAUACACGAUGAUCCUGCAGUCGUUAUUUAAGAAUCUCCCAGCUGCCGUCUUCACAUCAGUGGCUAUCAGCUUUAUAUUCCUUGGCAUUUCUUUGCACACGACCAAAACUAUGGAAGAAAAUCGCAGAAAUGCAGCCACUUAGCUUUGCAAAGUAUUAUAAUUUUCCGCGUGUACUUUAUUUAUUUUUCAAAAUUGUAGUGUAAUAAAAUUUUGACGUAUACCAUAUAAGAAUUUAGAAAA